CGUUCUGACUUCUCACAAUGAUCUCAAAGACCGCCGUCGUGUUGGCCCUUGUGGCUGUCGCUGUAGCUACUCCCUCACAGCCCACGUAUGGCUAUACCCCGGAACCCACAUAUGAGGAACCUGCCAAGUACGACUUCAACUACGCUGUAAAGGACGACUACUCCGGCAACGACUUCGGCCACCAGGAAGCUCGUGAUGGGUACAACACCCAAGGUUCCUACUACGUCCUCCUUCCCGACGGUCGUCUGCAGAAGGUGACCUACACUGUUAACGGCGACUCUGGCUACGUGGCUGAGGUCAGCUACGAGGGUGAGGCCCAGCACUCCGAGUACAAACCUGCUCCUACCUACAAGCCUGCUCACCCUGCCCCUGCCUACAAGCCUGCUCCUGCUUACGAACCUGCCCCUGCCUACAAGCCUGCUCCUGCUGCCUACAAACCUGCCCCUGCACAAGCCUGCCUCCUGCCAAGCCUGCUCCCGCUUACGAACCUGCCCCUGCCUACAAGCCUGCUUUACGAACCUGCCCCUGCCUACAAGCCUGCCCGCUUACGAACCUGCCCCUGCCUACAAGCCACACCAGCCUACAAGCCAACAGCCUACGCCUAA